AUGCUUCUUUCAUCGGUUAUGGUUAAUAGCGAGAUUCCAAUAGUGUAUGCGACACCUUUUGUGGUGUCAUCUCCAAAUACCGUGCAGUUUGUGAUCGCUACGUCUCAAUCUCAGGGGUUUGCAUGGAACCAGGAUAUAUUCGCGUCGCAGUACCAACAAAUGUGCAAAGUGGCAUUUGACGGCCAUGAGGAUCACGCCGACACAGUCUUGAAGCGAGUACGAUCGCUGGUGCAGGGCGACGGCGCUGCGUCAUUUAAUGAUAGUGUGUUUGACGAGGAGGAUCAAGAUAUGGAUGGCAAAGACCAGUAUCUGAGUAGGAGAGUCUCACAGGAGCUGACGCGGCCUCGUAGACGCUCCGAAAGGACUAUCAGCUUCACGUCUGACUCCAAAAAUGGCAGCUAUCAGAGAACAGAGUCCGUGAUCAUUGACGUUGGCGCCGACACAGAGGAAAACCGGUACUAUAGAUCACUGCUUUCCAAUUCGUGA